GGCUCACACCUGCACCUCGCCCGGCGCAGCACCAUGCCUGCCUGCCGCCCCGGUCUUCACGCCGUCCCCCUCCUCCUCGGCCUGCUGCUGCUGGGCCUCUCCCCUGUCCCAGGUGGGCGUCUUCCGGGACUAGGGCUCCUGGCCCCACUGACCGUCGGCCUCCCAGGCAGAGAAGCGGAGAAAACGGGCGUGUGCCCCCAGCUGCAGGCGGACCUGAACUGUACGCAGGAGUGCCAUUCGGACGCCCAAUGCGCCGACAACCUCAAGUGCUGCCAGGCCGGCUGCGCCACCAUCUGCCACCUGCCCGACGAAAAGCAAGGUUCCUGCCCCUACGUGAACACUGACUUCCCCCAGCUCGGCCUCUGCCAGCACCAGUGCAAGGUGGACAGCCAGUGUCCUGGCCUGUUGAAAUGCUGCUACAAUGGUUGCGGGAAGAUGUCCUGCAUCACUCCCAUCUUCUGAGCUCUAGCCACCACCACCCGAGGAGUGGGGGAGUGGAAGUUUCUGCCCGGCCCUACCUGGCUCCAGCCCAGCUGGGCUCCCCUCUUUCUGGCCUCUGCACUCCCUCCAGAGCCGAGCACAGCUUUUGUCUUUUCCAACCAAUAAAGUGACCGUUU